GACGUCACGCUGAGCCCGGUGAAUUCGGAUUGGAUGGAAUUAGCCGGAGGCCGGGUCACGUGUGUGCAGCAGAGAUCGUGAUCUGCAGAGCGGUGCGGGGCGGACAGUGAGCGAGAAGUCCGGCCAGAGGCAGGAAUCAAAAUGGGUGAUGUGGAGAAAGGGAAGAAGAUUUUCGUCCAGAAAUGUGCCCAGUGCCACACUGUUGAGAAGAAUGGAAAGCAUAAAACGGGACCAAAUUUAUGGGGUCUCUUUGGUCGCAAAACAGGACAGGCUCCAGGAUUUUCCUACACUGAUGCAAACAAGAGCAAAGGUAUUGUGUGGGGAGAGGAUACUCUGCUAGAAUAUCUGGAAAACCCUAAAAAGUAUAUACCAGGAACCAAGAUGAUUUUUGCUGGGAUUAAGAAGAAGAAUGAACGCUUGGAUCUUAUAGCCUAUUUAAAACAAGCAACAUCGGAGUGAUUAGUC